CAUUUAUCCUUGUAACAAUAGAGCUCUGGAAAGCCAAAGCUCGACAUCAAUGAAGCUUGAAAAAUCCUUAUUGAUGCUCUUAAAUAUUGGCAUUKCUGAUAUAUUUACUGUUUGCAUAAGUGGCAGUAACUUUGUAUUGAAACUAUUGUUAUAUUGGUGAGAAAGGUAUAGCAGUUUACAGCAAGUUAAUUGAUAAUGCUAAGCUAAUUGUCCUAUCAUCCAAUCAGCAUCGGCCUCAAACAGAGACCUUACGGCAAACUGUAAGCAUUUGACAUUUGGUAUUGUUUACGACUGAACAAUCCUACGUGGGGCUUUUAAUUAGAUACCGCAAUGAAAUGGUAUCCAAAGAACCUAAGUAACUUUACGUUAACAUUUGAACGAUUUUAUUGUGGUUGAAGGAACUUCUAUUAUAAUCUCAUUAACUUGGAGGAAGAGUUCCUAGAAUAGACACUCAGUGUAAGCUUAAUCGACGUGACUAAACUCACACACUUUUAGUCAAAAGACUUUGGCGAAAGCUCUUGUGUACAUUCCAUUGCUAACUUAGAUAAUUGAAAUGGUACGGUCUGGCUUGUGUUUCACUGGUGACCUCGAAGGAUAAUAGCUAAGCUUGUUCGAGAGCGACAAUUAUGAGUGAAAUCCAAACGGUUGGGUUAGCGAACGAUGAACGUUGAGAAAAUCGUCCAAAACUGGAAUCAUACCCAAAGAAUCCAAGCAUUGGACCUUGUGUUGCCCGGAAUUGAAGGCUUCCUUAAGGAUGUCCUACGACAAGAAAGUCUCAGCGAUGAAGGAGAGGAAUUACGACGUUUCUAUAUCAAAAUCCUUGAAAAUACUACAGAAAAUUCUACAGAUAUAAUAGAGACUUUUGAUAUAAAUAAAAAUGAUCCAAGUCCACUAAAAACGCCUCCGAUAACAGGGUCCUGUUUUACGUACGACGACGAGGGCACCUCAGAGGACAAACUACUUGAUCGACAAGAUUACUCAAAGGAGAGACAAGCUUCAAAGGAACCAGUUUCAAAUGUGCCUCGACAAGACCGCAAAGGAACUGACAGCACAGAAGAAAGUGGAGUAUUUUUCAACUCUCACUACGCCUCGUCUGGUGGCCAAGAGGUUUCCAACCCUCGCCACUCGGAUACAUUCGAGUCGACAUCUUCACGAGACACAUUCUUGUCUGAUUCAGACUUUGAACUUUUAGAAUGGGAAAAUGACUCAAUUGUCAACGAGGAUGGCUAUUGCACCGAAGACAACUUGGAAAAUUCUGUACAAAAUAUGCAAUUUCAUCCCAACGAGUUUGGGGAGAUUUAUUCGGGUGUUUUGUACAUCCGAGAACAACCUGGAUGGCAUAAGCGCUGGUUUACGGUUACAGAACGAUGCAUGAAAUGUUAUAAAUACAAAACAGACGAUAAAAUGCUAUUUGAAAUUCCUCUACGGGAUGGGAAGUUCGUUUCUACAGACCGUAAGAGAAGUCGAAUGUUUCCCAUGACUCUGUCGAUAGCAAGACUAAAGGACAGCAUUACGUUUGCUACCACAGAAGAAAAAUCAAGACAGGAAUGGAUAUUCGUCAUCAAUCACGUAAUGAACAAGCUAACUGAGAACCCUUCAGAAAGUCCUAGCCCUGUUGAUAUUAAAGAUGUGCCAUUUAGUUCGUUACUACGGGCCGAAAGUCUCGAGGAACGUCGUGGUAAAGGUUCCUCGUCAGAGAAUUUUCCAGAACAUUCUAAAACACACAUUGUAGAAACCCGGUCGGAGAGUUUAAAGAGAAAAACCUGGCACGCUGGAGUGGAUAAAGGUUUCAAAGAUGUUAUGAAUCAAUGGAGAGUAAAAGGAGAAGAUGAAACUGAUGACAUGGAGCCGCCUUCUCUUGCACAGGAAGAAUCUUUCAAAGAGUUGCAAGAGUGUUUACCUGAUAUUUUACAAAGACCAAAAUCAAAAAGCUGGAGAGGAGAUUUAGAGAACAAUCAUCUUCCUUCAUCGAAGAAAGGCCUGACAGGCCCGGGAUCUACUCAAAACCGCAAAAAUAUUACUUUCAACGCAGAAGUAGAAAACAAGCAGAGUUCGAACUCAGAUCUCACUAAUGUUCCUCGAGUCAAGAGACAUGGGUCUUUGGCGAACUCUCUUACAAACAAAGCAGCGCGAGUAAGGUCGAAGUUGACCACAUCGUUUUUCAAGAAAGGAAAAAAGGAAGAGAGAGUUUACCAACAAGCUGAAUCUCAAAACACGAUAUUUUCUGGAUACCUCAUAAGGAAGAAAGGCAACGUGUGGAAAAAUCGAUGGUGUGUAGUCAAGAAUCACUCRCUGUAUAGUUUUAAGGAAUUUGGAGCACCAUUGGCAGAACUGGAACUCACCCUGUUUGGGUGCGGAGUUAAAGCGUUACCCGAGGGGGAGAAGCCGUUUAUGUUUGUACUGAUAGCUGACAAGGAGCAGCUUUACUUUGCUGUGGAAAAUGAUGCGGAGUUGGAAGAAUGGCUCGUCGUGCUUGAAAAUGAGGCAAGGAGGGCUGAAAAAGAAGAUGAUGAAAUAAACAUUUAUCCAACAGAUUCACUCGAUGGCGCCAUGUUGACAACACUAUCGUCCCCAGACUCCCCUCAGGAAUCACAAAAAUCGUUUGAACCACAACCUGAARUGACCGAAGAACAAGAAAAACCACAAGUAACGAAAAGGGCACAUUCAUUCACUAGAGCAUCCAAAGAAACAUCACAAAUACAAGGCCCAAAGAGAUCUUCUUUGCUAGGUGCCCUUGCCCAUAAACUUGCAAAACAAUCGUCUAAAUCCAAGGUCUCAACUGAUUCUGAACUUGAUGACAAAGCAAGGAGAGAGCUGCAACCAAAUGAAAUUGAAAAUCUUGUAUUACCUAAUCAACAACCUCAAACCGAGGCAGAAAAAAGUGUAACUGAGAAUGGUCCAACGAUGAAAGGAACUUUAUAUUAUCGACCCGUGGAUACUUGGCUAAAAAGCAAGGUCAAUCUUCAGAAUCAUUCACUUGAUAUUGAACCCGAAAUCGAUUUCACAGACUCCAUCAAACAAUUUGAAACUCUAAAGUUCAGGCUCGUUAACUGUCUAGUGCUAGACUGUACAGACACAGAAGGACCACUAAUUAUGGUCGUCAAGAGAGCCAUUGGACAACCGCUGUACCUGCGGGCUGAAACUGAAGAAGAUUACGUCGCAUGGAAGGACGCUAUUUCCUCUGCUAUCCUCACCACUUCUUUAACUAAGGACCGUUUAUUGUCGAGCGAGAGUGGGUGCGAAGGCGAUGAUUCAUGCACAACAGCAACCCCAAGUAGCUCGAAGAUUUCUGGAGACUCUUUCGAUAGGGAUGAUGUUUUCUUCAAAGACAUCACUGUACAAGAACAUCUGGUGAAUCACAAUCCAGAGCCUCAUCCGUCGCCUAGGGCAACUACAGCUGGCGAUGUGUCAAGCGAAAGUAGCGUAGAUGAUCAUCAUAGUAAAGCAAGAGUUCAAAUCAAAAGAGCAUAUUCGGCUGGUGGGAUUGAUAGGAUUCGUUCGUUAUCUGAAGGAUACUUGGUUCAUUCCAAGAAAAGACAGAGUCCCCUACGUCGUACUAUCUCAAAUGCUUUGACCAUUCUGGACCUUUCAUCUACGAAACGACGAAGAAAAACAUUUGGUGGCCUUGGUGUUAAUGCAUCCCUUCUCAUUGGUAUUAAGUACACAUCUUGCUUAUAUUUUCGUGUCAACAAGGGACCUUGGUCAGAACGCUGGKGUGUUCUGCAGCAGAACAAUCUACACUUCUUUAAGAACUCUGAAGACAUUUAUCCAUGCUCUACUAUGAAGCUUGAAGAUUGUGUUGUGGAAAAAACAAGCUUUAAAGGAAAGAAGUUUGCGUUCGUGGUGAAGCUGCCGUUGGAUAAAAAACAGUAUUGCUUCUCUGCGGAAAGUGAACGAGAAUUGGAUAUUUGGAUUAGAUUACUACAAGCUGAAAGGGAUGUCCAAAGACCAAACGAAAACCCUCUGGCCACAUUUGACCUUCUUAAUGGCGUCUUACCAAAGAUAAAAAGCGAAGGUAACAUUAAUAAUGCAAGUAGACCAGACGUUGCUGUAGUGGAUGAGAAGAAGGUCGACUCCACAAAAAAGAUGCGAAAGAUGUCCAAGUCUCUGAACGAACUGAGAAAAAUAAGAGAAGCAGGCGAUAAAAAGGACCUUUUUAAGGAUUCUAAUGGUAGCUCAAUGAGGUCUUCUUCUACAAUUACACGCAAACCUACCUCGCUACCGGAGGUUUUACUUCUGCUUCAAGAGCAACAGCGUAUGCAAAGUAUGGGUCACCAAAGGUACGCACGAGUCACAAAGGCACGAGGAAAUUGGAAGAAAUCAGCGGCUGCUGUCUUAAGAGGUGCAAACUCACAACCAGAGUCUCCUGAACUUCCUAAAAAACAUUCAGAUGUCAAAGAAAAGAAGGAUAAGAUUGAAAUAGUGCCACAAGGAAAACCUAGAGGAUCUUCAACAGGGUCAGUUUCUUCGAAAGAUUAUGCAAAUGUUUUGUCUUCUUAUCAGACGUCGGAAGAGUACUUGGGGAAAUGCGACAAGUUGGCUGAAGAAGAAAAACUAAAAGCAUUAAAAACCGAAACUUUGUUGCGAAAAAGGAGAAAUUCGUUGAAUUUAGAGAAAGGGGCUCUCCAGAAGAAGCUCGAAAAAACGCACGAGAAAAAGGGCGCAAUGAAGAAAUUACUUGCAAAAGAUGUCGUUAAGAAUAAAGAGGAAAUUAUUAGGGACCAGAAGAGACUUGAGGAAAUUAAUCUUAAACUUGCUCAUGUUGAUAAGGAUAUGAGGGAGAAUAGAAGUAAAGAAGCUGCUGUAAUGGAAAACCUUACUGCCUUGAAAACUAACSCUAGACCAAGACGAUCUUCAGAAAAUUACGAGUCUUUAAGAAGUUCCAUCGAUGCUACUACUCGGUCAGUUCAAGACGAAAGGAGAGCCAAGUUCAUGGAGUCUCCUACAGGAUCGAUAUCUUCUCGUGAUUCAUUCGAUGAUAAGAACGAACUAUACCGGCCUUCUGUCCCAGAAAGUGGUACGUCGCUUCCUCGUAAAGGCUCCAAGAAGAAAUGCCAGGCAUCGCUUUUAGUGUUGGAAGAAGAGUUACAGAAGAUAUCCCCAAAUGUGUCAAGAAGAAAAAAGUACGGAAGUGGAAAGAGAGUGUCCUCGUCUUCGGAAGGAUCCUUUGAUGACAGUUCCUUUAAGGAAUCGCCUGGGACAAGUCGACAAUAUUCAAAUGCACCCGAAGAGAAACGAGAAUCUAUUACAUCUGUUGGAUCACAGGAUUCUCAAGACAAGAAUUACGGAUGGGACAAUGUGGAACUUAAGAGAAAAAGAUACAGUGGAUCACUCCCUACUUUAGCAAAUACCGACUUUCAUUCAGUGGCAGUAUCUAUCCCAACUACCAGCACUACAGACGAUACAGAUGCCCCUCCUGUUAGCAACGAGCAUCGCCCAAGUCUUAUAACUGCGUUGUCUCAGAUUAAGGAUUUUGAAGAAUUCUUAAAAAUCCACCGAAGUCGGUAACGUAAAGCUAUGAUCUAAAGAUGUAACCGUGCUAUUGGUUAAUGCACGAGGUGUUUAGCUAUCACGUGAUCACUCCAAUGAAGAAUAUCACGUGAUCAUGGUCAGUCCAAACCAAGAAUCUUUAUUCCAAGAGAAAUAUGAUUAUUAGAUUUAAAUAUGACAUUUAUGCUGAUUUUAUAUGAAAGAUAUUUAUGAUUCGUAAGAAUUACACUAUAACGCUGGAGAAAAUAAUAUUUUAUUAUUAGCAAAAGUUCAAUUUUUAAAUUUUUAAAAAUGCGGAAAAACUACAAAAGCGACAGCGAGAACAACAAAAACAGCAGCAACAACAACGACAGCA